AUGGAGAUGUUGAAGCGAUUCCUCGAUGUGCCUGAACAAAAAGCAGCCCGAAGAACAACAUGUCGUGACCACACCGAGUCUGUAGAUGGCAGCAGGCACCGGGGCACGGGAGCCGCUCACCGCGAAGUUGAGCUGGGCAGUGUCCACAGCAUCCGGCUGGCCAGUGGGGCCCCUCAGACGGCCACACCUGGCUCCACAGAAGGACCCGGAGCCCUCGACCCCCCACCCCGCCCCGAGGACCCGGAGCCGCCCCCCCAACCCCCCACCCCGCCCCCCCACCCCGGCGGGCCCGGAUCCGCCCCCCCUCCCCCCCCCCCCGCGGACCCGCGCGCCGCUUCGCUCCGCCCUCCGGCGCCCGCGCUCCUCUCGGUCCCCGCCGUGCGCUGCGGGCCCCGGCUCCUCCGCGCGUCCCGGGGCCCCGCCAUGCGCUGCGGGACCCUGCUCCUCCUCGUGUCCCCCGCGCUGGCGGCCCUGACCCGCGCCGGGGGCUCCGUGGACGGCGGAGUGGAGUGUAACCGGACAAGGCAAGCUGCCUGCGGAGAGAAAUGCCUUCCCGUGGCCUGGCUCUGCAAUGGCCAGCAGGAGUGCCCGGACGGGACGGACGAGCAGUGUGGAGAGGCGUGCGGGGGCCACCCCCAGGCCUGGCAGUGCGACGACGGCAAGUGCAUUUCCAUCGGGUGGCUCUGUGACGGCACCGGGGACUGCAGGGACGGCUCCGACGAGGCCCGCUGCGAGAGAUCUACAGCAUGUCCGCACCCCAAGGUCCGAUGUCCCGGGAAGCCUCUGUGUCUGGAUGCCUGGGAACUUUGUGACGUCCGCCAGGACUAUGCGGAUGAGUCUGACAAAGCUCAUGGUCCCCAGAGCCAUUGCCUGCAGGGCCAGUGGCAGUGUCAGAACAAGGUGUGUGUCCCAGACGACUGGAAAUGCGACGGCACCGACCAGUGUGGGGACUCUUCCGAUGAGGAGGCCUGCGCUUCCUGCCCAGCAGACACCGUUGGGUGUGAUGACAAGUGCAUCCCGGAGUCUCUGAUGUGCGAUGGAGAAGCAGACUGUGCAGAUGGCACGGACGAGCCCAUUUCAUGUGGCAGAAGCUGCGCGCUGGUGAAUGGGGGCUGCGAGGGGCCCUGCGGCGACACGUCCUGGGGAGUCCGCUGCUCCUGCCCCACGGGGUGGCAGCUGCAACACGACGGGCAGAGCUGUGGAGAUGUAGACGAGUGCUCUGCGGCAUACAGUCCGUGCGGCCAACUCUGUCACAACACACCAGGCUCUUACUCCUGUGACUGUAUUCAAGGCUACUGGCUUUAUAAUGGCACUGACUGUCGAGUGAUCGAUGAUGAUGUGAAAAUUCUUAUUGCAUCAGAGCAAGAGCUUGGUAUUCUGGAUCGAAAGACGGGCAUCUAUGAGACCCUGAUACCUGUCAAGUCAAGGCCUCGUGCUGUCGCCUAUGACCUGGAAAGAAGCAUGUACUUCUGGGUGGACGAAGUUUUAAAUGUGUUUGCCUUUGGGAAGCCAAACUCUGUUCCCCUCUACCCAGAACUGACCUCGGUGAACAGCAUCUCCGUGGACUGGCCCACGGGGCAGUUGUACUGGGCCAGCAGCUCCUCCAGAGUCAUCGGGGCCGGCCUAAGCGAUGGCAGAGGCUACGUCAAAGUCUUGGAAAAGGAUGUUGUGCCGGAACAGCUAGUUGUGUUUCCUGAAAAGAAGUACUUGUAUUGGGUGAACGGAGGCGAGAAGGAGGCCAGGACUAUCGAGGCUGCAGGAAUGGACGGCUCGGACAGGAAGGUGCUGGCAGUGGUGGCCGCCGAGGAAGCUUUAGGACUGACUCUCGACCGCCUGAAUGGCCGACUCUACUGGAUCAGUGGCUACAAGAAGUCCAUAGAGACAGUGAGCGUGGACGGCCGUGGGAGGCACACCUUUCCUAAGCUCUUCUUGGACUAUGAAGCCCCAGCAGGACUAGCCGUGUUCGAGAACUCUUUCUUCUGGGCAAAUAAGACACAGCUCUUUCGUACCUCACCCCACAGUCCAAGCGCGAGAGAGGUGUUGUUGGAUGCCCCUGUGUCUGCGUUUUCAGUCCUCCACAAGUCACUGCAGCCUGCGAGCAGACACUCAGCGUGUGUUCCGGGUUCGUGCAGUCAUUUAUGCCUUCUAUCCCCGGUCCACCCCCGGGGCUAUAAGUGUGUUUGUCCAGAGGGACUAUUUCUUUUACCUUCCGGAACCUGCAGUGAGUUAAAACUUGUGUUUUCCUCGGGUAAACAUCUGUACUUGUUGAAAGUUGGCUCUAUGGGAUCUGCUAUAGAAAAAACUCUAAUUCAAGAGCAUCCUGAUACCAUCUAUUUAUUGGAUAUUGACUGGAAAAGGAACCUGAUUUAUUGGACAAAUGCCCAGGGACAUCUGGUCUACUCCACUGGGAACUCAGGACAAAUGCAGGAGAUCUGGACUGAGCGGACAGUCUGCUCAGCAAACGUGGACAUAGCAACUGGGAACCUGUACUGGCUGCCCUGUGACCGAGGUACUAUCCAGAAAACCAGGCUGCCCGGCGGGGACACACAGCCCCUCUAUGUCACGCGUGGUAGUAUACUGCAGCUGCUGCUCGACUGGCCCAGGAGGGCCCUGUACUGGGUGGAGAGCGGGAAGCCCCUACAGAGCAUGACGCUCGACGGCAGACACAGGCAGGACGUCCAGAGGGGCACCUGGAUGGCGGACCCCCGGAUGGCCUUGGAUUUGGGCUCAGCCAGUCUCCUCUGGGUCACCAAAACAUCAGGCUUGCAAAGUCUGAGUCUCCUGAAGAACACAACGUACUCCUUGAGCAAGUCCUGGAGCUGGAGCGACGCGGUGGUGGCGGCCCACGAGCCCUACCUGGUGACGGUGGACGGCACAGACCUGGUGCUGUGGAGCAGGAAGACGCUGGCGCCCUUGUCUGUGUUGAAGGAGCCGCACAUCAGGAAGAUGAUCAUCGUGGCAGAGGACCAGGAGGUAUGAGCGGCCCCUGCCCCCCUCCCCCCUCCCUCCCUCCCUCCUCCCCCCCCUGUGCUCUGCACCCGGUCCGCGGUGCUGUGUGGAGACGGGACGGGAUGCGUGCCUCGCGAGUCCCUCUGCGACGGUGAACGCGACUGUCAGGACGGCUCCGACGAAGAGCACUGUUCCCAGCUCUGCCACCGACCAGGGGUCUUCCAGUGUCUGGACGGAAGCAGGUGCAUCGCGGAGAAAUUGCACUGUGACGGGGCUCCGCAGUGCCCGGAUGGGUCUGACGAGCUGGGCUGCUGGAAGCCCACCGAAGAGUGUUCCCUGCUCUGCGACAACCGAACCCGCUGCGUCCCCAAGGGCUGGCUGUGCGAUGGGAACCCCGACUGUUCCGACAAAAGCGACGAGCACGGGUGCCUUCAUGAGAACUGCGGCCCCUCUGAAUUUCACUGCGAGAAUGGCCAGUGCAUCUCUUCCUCUCUUCACUGUGAUGGGCGCCGGGAUUGCCUGGACCACUCGGAUGAAGACGGCUGCUCCGCCGCCCGGCCCCCGGAGUGCCCGCCCGGGCAGGUGAGCUGCCCAGGGAGCGGAGAAUGCGUCCUGACGGGGUGGCUCUGUGAUGGAGACCCGGACUGCAGAGACGGCACCGACGAGAAGGACUGUGGCCCUGCGCCGGCUCCGUGUGGCCCGCGGCCGUGGCCCUGCGAGGACGGGCGGAGGGACUGUGGGGACACGUGCCUCCCGCAGCGGUGCCAGGGCUCUGAGUUCCGGUGCGGCGCCCCUGCCUGCCUCCCCCUGCCCCUGGUGUGCGACGGGAAGGAGGACUGCCCCGACGGGUCGGACGAGGGCGGAAGGUGCGCCUUGGCGGAGUGCGCCCCGGGACGGUGCUCCCACGCCUGCUACCAGUCCCCCGCGGGGCCCGCGUGCGCGUGUGAGCCAGGCUUCGAGCUGGACGGCGGCGGUGCGAUCUGUCGGGAUGUGGACGAGUGCGUGGAGCCGGGCGGACGGCCUUGCAGUCAGACCUGCGUCAACACCGACGGCUCUUACGUCUGCACCUGUCACCCCGGCUACUCGCUGGAGCCCGACAGCCACACCUGUAAAGCCGUCGGUUCUGAGCCAAUCCUACUUGUUGCAAUUCAGUUUAACCUAUUCCUGUAUGGGUUGAGAAGCUUGAAAGAAGAUAUCCUGGCAACUACCGACAAGCACCUGCUGAUUGUCUCUGUUGACUAUGACAUAGUGGAUCAGAAAAUCUUCUGGGCUGAUCUGAAUGCAGAAAGUAUAAGGUGGAUAAGUAUGGACACAAAGACGAAAGGGACUGUGGCAAACGGGAUAAAACCAGACUGUAUCGCAGUUGACUGGAUUGGAAGGAAUCUUUACUGGACUGAUGGAACAGCUGGCCAGAUUUUGGCCAUUCAGCUCUUUGCUGUCUGGAGCGGAAAAUCUGAGUACACCAUUGUUCUGGAAGACGAUGUGACUCAACCCCAGUCUUUGGCUUUGUGUCCCCUCAGUGGAUUGAUGUACUGGACAGAAAGUGGGGACGAACCCCGAAUCGCGCAAGCUGGGAUGGAUGGUAGCAGCAGGAAAGUACUCAUUGGUCAAGGUCUUGGCCGGCCAACGAGCCUCGCGCUGGACCAGUUAAGCUGGAGGAUAUUCUGGUCUGAUGAGCAAUUCCACUGCAUUGGCUCUGCCAACCUGGAUGGGACUGGCGUGCGUGUGAUACGGCUGGCACCGGCGAGGAGCCCGUUCGCAGUGGCUGUGUUUGAAGACGAGGUCUUCUGGACCGAGCCGAAGGCGGGCACGGUACGGCGCAUGGAGAAGGUGACGGGCAGAAACGGGGCUGCGCUCAUCAAGCGAUCUGAGCCGCCCCACGGACUCAAGAUCAUGCACGCCGUGCUGCAGCCCCGCUCGCCCAGCCCCUGUCUGGAUGCGGGCUGUUCCCACUUGUGCCUCCUGAGCCCGCGAGCCCAGGGCUGCUGCCGCUGCCCGGUGGGCCUCCUGCUGGCGGAUGAUGGAGUCACCUGUGUCUCGCCCCAGGACUCCGCAUUCGUGUUUCUGGCCUUGCCCACCAUUAUCAUGCAGAUCUAUCUGGAAAGUCUCAAAACUUCACCCCAACGAGCAACUCUGCCGCGGCACCGAACGCUCCCGUUUACCAGCGUGAACCCGCUGGCGUCCCUGGAUUAUGUGGUCCAGGAGCAGGCUCUCUACCUGUCGGAGCUGAAUAACGGUGCCGUCAGGCUCCUGAGGCUCACGGACUCGGGGGCGCUCUCUUGGAGGAAAGUCUUGUCUCUGGAGGGGGCGGUGACCGACCUCGCUGUGGACUGGCUGAGUGGGAACAUCUAUUGGAUUGACAGUGGGGCUCCCUGCAUCCACGUGGCUUCCCCCCAAGGCCAGUACCCCGGGGUGCUGCUUCACCGCCUGCACCAGCCCACCUCCAUCGCGCUGCACCCGCCCUCCGCGCUCAUGUGCUUUGUGGACGCGGGUGCCCGGGCCGGGGGCCGGCCUGGCUCCAGCAUUGAGUGCGCCUCCAUGGAUGGCGGCGGCAGGAGAGUGCUGUGGCGGAAAUCCCAGGCGCCCCUAGGCCUGGCCUUCAUGGAUUCCGGAGCCCGGCUGUACUGGGCGGACGCUGGGCAAGGGUUCAUAGAGAGCAUUCAGCCGGACGGCUCUGGACACAGAGUGGAGCACCGCGGAAUUCAGGGCCUCAGCCUCUUCACGUGUGGUCAAGGCAUGCUGUUCUGGACCACCGCGGAUGACGCCCAGAUCACUAAAGUUUGGUACAGCAAAGCAGACGCAUUAGAAAAACACUGGUUCCAAGUAGAACAGAAGAUUGUGGACUUAAAAGUUUAUAGCAAGUUUAGUCAAGAGGGUCACAACAGCUGCUCCAAAGACAAUGGCGGAUGCAGCCAUAUCUGCCUGCCACACCCCGAGGGACAGACUUGCAAGUGUCCUCGUGGGUUCUACUUGGCUAAUGCCCACGAAUGUGCCGAAGGUGUCCACUGCUCGGCGCCAUCCCGGCCCUGCAAGGACGGGCGGAAAUGCAUCUUCACGGAGCAAGUGUGUGACGGCCAUGCGGACUGUCUGGACGGGUCCGAUGAAGCAGACUGUAAGUAACCCCAGCCGGGACCCCGGUAGCAAUAGCCCACUCCGUCCUUAACUGAAAUGGUGUCUCCUGAGUCAUUGUCUCGCUAGCUGCCACAAGGUCUCCCACAGUCGCCUUCCACCAAAUUUACCACAUCUGCAUACCCAGACCCAGAAGAAAUGCGAUACCCGGCCGGGGAGACCCUCACCGCCCUGAGGUCUGCGCGCCCGAGAGAGACCCCCGACACGAAGGGCAAGGGGGGACGCGUUCACCCCGAGGACGCACAGAGGGCAAAGCCCGCGCCCUGUGGCAGCGGCUUCUGCGGCGGGCGGGGCGUGUGCACGCUGGAAGGGAACGUGAGGCGGUGCAGCUGCCCGAUGGAGGACGGAGGGCAGGUGUGCGAGGCGUCGGUGCGGGGACUGGUCUCCGGCUACGUGGCUCUCACGGUCGCCAUCGCCCUCGUGACCGUGCUCGUGGCCCUGGGCGCGCUGGUGCACUGCAGGAGAAAACGGAAAUUGGAAAGGACAUCAGCAAGAAAUCUGAACCGUGAUGAGGAAAAUAAGCAAGAAGAAGAAACUUUAAUGAAUAGUGAGAUUUUCGUCAAUGAAGCCUAUGAUGAACAGGACUUGCUAACUUCUUCACAAACGGACUGAUGUUAUGAGAAAGGAACUGAAACUGAACCUCCAAUUAAAUAAAAACAAAA